GGCAAGAGAUGGUGUUCGCGGCAGCCCUGGGAACCCAGCUUUGCUUCCAAACAUGUGACAAAGUACACAGCAGCGUACAUGGACUUCCAGAUGGGCACACUCGCAGCUUCCGAAACAAACCAGACCAGCAGUAGGAAAUUGCCGAAGUGACUCCGACCACGUGAAUCGAUCGGAUUCUCGGACCCAACAUCCGGUAAAGUGCAAAGCAAAUCAGAGCCAAUUGCACCCCAAAAUAGGUGGAACAGGCUUCAGGGCUUCGCGGCUCCUCCCUCGCCCUGGCGGACCUCGACGAGAAAAGGCCAAAUUUAACCGCAGCCCCAGGAAUUCCAGGCCGCCCUUCGUUCUGCAGAUGCAUCAUGAGCUGAUUUGACCGGACGAGGCUGAGCGACUUUUUUCCCCGUCUGCCCGCAUGCGACACCCUGACGGCCCCGCCCCCAUGCACCCUGGAAUUUUGGACAGUGCACGCGAUGUCCUUGUUCGCUGCUUUACCGCAACCAACAAACCAGUUUUUUUCUCCUCCAUCGCCAACUAUUUAUUGCACUCUACGGGGUCCCAUGACUCCAAUCUCGUAUGGGUUCCGGUCAUGUGCCUGGGACUCGACGCAAAUGCCAUCCUCCAUUCGCUUGCAGGUUUGUGCAGCGUGUUGUGGACUUUACGUAUUGACUUCCUCGGUGCGUGAGUUCCGAAGACACGUUAGUAGCUUAUGCAUAACUUCAAGUUUUUACUAAGACUUACAUGCUUACUGCAAGAAUAUUCGGAGAUUGUUUUGGU